GUUGUAAUGCGGCGCAGAGGCCUGACCCACCACCUUCUCAGUUCCCCUCUUCUCAGUUCUUCUCAUCAACGACGCCGACGCCAAGAGCUUUACCUCCUCAGGACGUCACGUACCCUCUGCUCUCCUGCCCGACCGACGCAACAUCUCCUCGUCUGCUGUACUCCUGCUGUAAUUUAAUUAAGAAUUGCUUGAGCAUUAAGAUGGCUUUGAGAGGUGUGUGGCAACUUCAAAAGCUGAUUGUGAGCUAUUGUGACUGGGGAGGAAGUAGUAGGGGCAUCAGGGCAUUUAUGGAGUCACAACUGCCAGCAUUUAAAGAAGGAAAUCCUCAGUUAGAGUUGAUUACUGAACUCAAUCGUGGGCAACAUCCAUAUUUGAAGGCUUUUUAUGAGAACAAAAAUGAGCGGGUGGUUUGUGUGAAGAAUUUGACUCCAGAUGAAGUACUUCUGCAAGCGACCAGGCUAAGGAAUUCAUUGGGAAGAAAGGUGGUAAAACUAAAGACAAGGCAUGUUACCCAGCACCCAAGCGUGCAAGGUACAUGGACAACAGCAGUUAGAUUUUGAGGCAUGAAAACCGCUUAAUGAAUAGCUGUUGUUGCCAUGCUUUUAGUGUCAUAAAGCUAUAACAAUGACUUAGUACUAGUUACAGAAUCAGAUGAAAAUGCUUUAUAUGAUGCUUUGGAUUGUAGUAUUGAACUCGGUUAUAUUGUCUUUUCGACAUGUUUCAAUUCUCAUUUGGUUUUGCUCUAAAAAUAGGCAAAACAUUUUUAA